ACGCAGAGGCUCUGUUCCCUUUACCGAGACCCUCCUUAUACCAUCACUCCCUCCCGACUCUGCUUCUCCACUUCCAAACCGACACACACGCAAAUGCGCGCGCAGCUCUCGCCCUUUCUCGCUCGCGCUCUCCCCGUACACAGGCACUUAGACGCACACUCAAACACACUUCUGCUCUGUUCCCCGCACCCCAGACCGCGCUGCCGCUCUCAGGCCGGAGGCUCGCUGGGCAGUCCACGGCCCUAGCGUCGCUGUCGUCGGACGCCACGAGUGAAGCUGCUCGGGUGAGAAGUCGUCUCUCACAAACAAAUCCCACCAGAGACUAGAUGAGUUCUUUACAAUUGGGUAGGAGAGGAAGAGGAACAAUUCAAACAAUAGUAAGUUCCUAUAAAUCAACAGGUCUUUCAAAUUACUUCUAAAUAUCUCUUAAUUCUCUCUACUUCUCUUCAUCUUCAGUGUUACCACCUUAGAUCACAUCCCCAUCUUUUCUCAUUUGAAUUACUGAAAUAGCACCCAGAAAGGUCUUUCCACAACUGCUCUAGCCCCCUCCAAUCCAUUCUUCACAUUGCAGACAAAGGCAGCUUUGAAAUAAUGUGUAUCUGAUGUUGUGUCUUCCUGCUUAAAGUCCUUCAAUGGCUUUCUCUUAGGAUAAAGUCCCAGAUCCUUGAAGUGGUCCACCAGGCACUGUACAGUCUGACACCUGACCACUUUUCCUGGUUCAUCUCCUGCUUCUCUGUCCCUUCAUCUCUGUGCUUCAGACAGUCAGUCCUUUGAACUUGACAUACUGCUUCCUACUUCUCUCUGAAAAGUUCUUUCCACCCUUCUUUACCUCAUUUAUAUUCUUCAUAUCUCAACUCAAAAUGUUACUUUUUCUGGAAAGUCUUCCCUGAGCCCAUCCCCUACUCCAAUUGCCAAGUAAGGGCAAUGCCUCCUUUCUAUGUAUUCUGAGUUUUUGUCUGUAGUAGACAUUUGUUUAAUAUUUGUCCCUCUUUAACAGUGAGCUCCUUGUGAGGAGAGACCAUGUUUGUUUUGUUCAUCAUUUUAUUUUCUGGAUUUAACACAGUGCUUGUCAAAUGAUAGAUGUCCAAUAAAUAUUUGUUGAGUAAUACAGUGUUAUUUAUGAUCAUGAAGAACUGAGAAUAAUCUAAAUAGUUAACAGCUGAGAAAUGCCUAAUUCAUUAAUAUACAUCUGCUUAUUAAAUGUAAUGUAGCUUUUGAAACAUAUAAACAUAACAAUCUCAAAGGUCUGUAAAAGUGUUCAGUGAAAAAAGCAGAAUACAAAAUUGUUUUCAUUUGUUACUUAUAAUUUGUUAAAAGUGUACUGUGUAAUAUUAUUAAGACCAUAAGAGAUAAGGGGAAAAUAGGUGGAAGGAUUAUUGAUUGUUAUCAUAUUGUAAAAUAUAGAAAACAAGGAUAAGAUUGAAUUUUUUAGCAUGCCAUAUUCUUCCAUGUGUCAAACAAUGUAUAUUUAACACUGUAACUAUAUGAUUUUGAAGUUUUUUUUAAAGUUCUCUAAUAAACCGAGUGGGGCCAGGUGCUAUAUAAUAUUUUCUUUGAUAACUUUCCUGAUGAUUUACUGUUAUUGAUUUAUUUGAGUUCUCAAUUUAUUAAACUAGUUUUCUUUUUCUACCUAUUUUGAAAAACUGUUCAUUUAUGUUUUCAAAUUUCUUAAUAUAUAUUUUGAUGGAACAGAAUCUCUCUUACUCAUUAUUUUAACAGAAGAAAUCUACCAGAGUUUCUAAUAUAUUGAUUUUCCUUUAGAUCUUAAAGGGAAAAGAAAAGAUUAGGAGCUCUUGAGGCUUCUUUGCUAAACGUAAGAACCAAGACUUUUUACAUAUAGAAGGGAGUUGCCAAUAUGUAAAUAUUUACUCAAGAAAACUCAUUAGCGUGCAAUACUUGAGAGUAAAUGUCCAUAGGAAUAAACAUUAGACUUUGACAUUCAGAUGGUGUAAAUAAUCUGACAAGGACACUUUAAUGGUCAUAAAAUAUGAAAAAGAUAGUUAAAAUUAUCUCAAAAUGAACGUAUCAGACAAAUGGAUAAGAUUGUGAAUGUUUUGGCUUUCUAAAUGUUUUUACUGCAUCAGUUCUGUUUCCUUUUCACACGUGCAUCAGCAACCCUUUUAUUUGUCCCAAGCUUUUUUUUAAUAAUAAAAAGGCUAGUGGCUUGUCUAAACAACAACAAAGACCAGACAAACGAAAACAAAACCCCUAGUCUUGUUAAUUGAUCAAAUAAUUGCUUUGUCAUGAUUCCAAUGGAAUGAUGAUUUAGUUUUUUUUUUUUUAAAUCACUCUUUUUAUUUUUUCUUUAUUACCAAUAAAGGCAUUUAGAGCUAUGGAUUUUUCUCCGCAUACUGUUUAAGCCAUGUUAUGGUAAUGUGAUGCAACCUAAACCAUAAAUACCCAGAAGGCAGAUUCUAUGCACUUCUUUGUGUCUUUCACAGCACUUAAUGUACCCACAAUGAAUUCUCAUUGAAUGUUUCCGGUACUAAUGAAUCAAAGAACGAAAUACUUUGAUGGCAUGCUUGAGGCAAAACGAAAGAGAAAAAUGGCUGUGCAGACUGCAGCACAAUUCUGAGAGUCUUAAGAGUCUCCUCCCCACCAUAGUACUGUUGGGUUUUAUUAAUUUGCUCAACCACUCCCAAAUACAAGUUCUUUAACCUCAUAAAGACUUAGGAUGUAUUAAGCCUUUUCCCCACUUAUCACAGCCACUCCCUUCCCUGGCCAUCUUCAUUUCCCACCCUAUCCAUGGUCCAAAAGUUCAACCACUUUCUUACUAAUGUUCUAAAUUCCCUACUCUCCUUUUAAAUCUUUUAGAGAUGAAGGUUUCCUUUUUUAUGUUAUGAAUUAUUUCAAACUUAUAGAAAACACUAUAAUGAACACAGUGUACCCACUAUCCAAAUUUAGUAGUUGCUGUCGAAUGGACUUGACUUAUGGGGACCUUAAGUACAAUAGAACAAAACAUUGCCCUGCCUGCAUCAUCCUCACAAUCAUCAGCAUGUUCAAAUUCAUCAUUGUGGCUACUGUGCCAAUCCCUCUCACGAGAGUCUCCGUCGCCCUAGUUAGCCUCUACCUCACCAAACAUGUUCUUCUCCGGUGACUGAUCCAUCCUGAUGAUGUAUUCAAAUCAUGCAAAUUGGGCGUUGUUCUGUUGUGAGGUUUCCAUUGGCUAAUUUUUGGAAGUAGAUUUCCAGGCUUGAAUUUAAUAGAUGAGGUCAAUUAAAAAAUUCCUUAUUGUGGAAACUUUUCAAAAAUGCACAAAGGUGGAGCAAGUGAGGUAGUGAAUUCCCAUUUAUCAUUACCCAUCUUCAAUCAUUAUUGCUAUUUUGCCAGUAAGUAGUACCACUAACCAUGAAAUUGCCCAAGCCAAAAACCCAGUCACUAAACUAAAUCCUCUGCAUUUCUAUUCAGUCAAUCACAGAGUCUUGUUGGUUUUAUUUCCUAAGUGUCUCUCAGAUCUACUCAAUUCAGUCAUCCUCACUGUUACUACUGUGGCCCAGGACACCAUUGUAUCUCAGCUGGAUUACUGAAGAACCCUCCAUACAGAUUUGAUCCUCUCUAAUUUGUUCUCCACCCUGAAUUAAUAAUAUGCCUCCUUUUAAAAAAAUUAUAUAAUAGUAUUAACUUUUUUGGUGCACAGUCUAUGAGUUUUAAUACAUUAAAAGAUUUGUAUAAUUACUACCACACUGUGGAUGCAGAACAGUUCCAUCACCCCAAAAAACUUCUUUGUGCUACCCGUUUGUAAUCAUAUCCUCCCCAUAGCCCCUGGCAACCAAGAGUCUGUUCUUCAUCAGUAAUGUGGCCUUUUAAAAUGUCUAUCUGUUCAUGUCACUCCCUUAAAACCCUUCUUUGGCUUUCCACUGUUAUAAGAAUAAAGUUCAAGACGUGGCCCUUGUCUAAUUCUCUAAUCUCCUUUUUCACCACUUCUUACCCCAUCUCCUGUCACUCUUAAGGUCUGGCCAGACUGAACAUCUCUCCACUACUCCAAUACACUGUUUCCUUUGCUGAUUUCUGGCCUCAUCUACUAUUCCUUCUGACUGUAAUGCUUUACCUCCUCCUAACCUCAGGUUCCUUUACUUGGCUAAUUCAGAUCUUGGCUUAAAUGUCCUUUCUUCCAGGAAGGCUUCUCUACUCAUAUUAAGUUGAUUGUUGCUGUUAGGUGCUUCCCCUUUCAGAGUAUUUAUCACAUAUUACUGAAUUACUUUAUUCAACCAUGUUUCUUUCCAGUCCAUAAGCUCUGAGAGGCAGGAGCUGUGCCCAUCCUUGGUUACCACUGAAUCUACAGGUCCCACCACCUAGUAGGAACUCAAAAAAUAUUUUGAAUAAAUUAAUGAGCAUGUAAUUUGUGUGUACUAUGUAAUCUACUCAUCAACAUGAGAUACAUGUUUUAAUGGUUUCAUUGCAGAAUGAACAUGGAGAAACAUAAUUCAUCUUUGGUGGUAGAGUUGUCUCACCCAGACUUGGUCAUCAAUGUAGGAAAAGUGACUUUGGGCGAAAAAAACAGAAAUAAGCUACAGAAAGCUCAGAGAGAGCAAGAGAAGAUGAGAGUUAUGCAGGCUGUAUGUGCUUUAUUGAACUCAGGAGGAGGAGUGAUUCGGAUGGAAAUGGCAAACGAGGCUGAGCAUCCCGUGGAGAUGGGACUGGAUUUGGAACAGUCUUUGAGAAAGCUCAUUCAGUCUUCAGAUUUGCAGGCCUUCUUUGAGACCAAGCAACAAGGGAGAUAUUUUUCCAUUUUUGUUAAAUCUUGGAGCAGUGACCUUUUCCCCGAAGAGAGUUCCAUCAAGUUCCGCAUUUGCAGCCUGUUUUCUUCACUGUACUCUAGAUCUGGCACCUCGGUUUUUCUAAUGGAUUCAAGAGAAGCAUUCGAUUUCCUGAAAAUCAAGAAAAGGAAUGCAGAAAGCAGCUCGGGGAAAGAACCUUCUAGUAAAAAUACCAGGGUUAUACCUCAAGGCCUGCAUAAGUCGGAUCCUGUUUUCCUAGUGUUCCAAAGAGACAGGUUUGAAUAUGGUGAAAUCCUGGGUUUUCCCGAGUCCCAAUACACAGAGUUUAAACAGUUCUCUACCAAACACAUCCAUACAUAUGUAGAAAACAUAAUUCCAGUCUACAUCCCUGCAUUUGCAAACACUGGAGGAGGCUAUCUUUUUAUUGGAGUGGAUGAUAAGAGUAAGAGAGUCCUGGGAUGUGCUAAAGAAAAUAUAGACCCUGACUAUUUGAGAAAGAGAAUAGAGAAAGCAAUAUACAAAUUUCGUUAUUUCCAUUUUUGCCAAUCCUCAUGCGGGAUAAAUUUCACACUCAAAAUCUUUGAUGUAUUUGCCAAGGGAGAGUUGUAUGGCUAUGCUUGUGUCAUCAGAGUGGAGCCAUUCUGUUGUGCAGUGUUCUCAGAAGUUCCCAGGUCAUGGAUGGUGAAGGGUAAGCACAUCUGCAACCUGACAACUGAGGAAUGGGUAAGCAGGAUGAUGGGCGCAGAGCCAGAACUUACAUUGUUGUGCGAUGACUUUGAAUCUCAGCUGAGUCUAGCUGGUGGGCCUCCUCUUAGCAAACCAGUGUACUCCAAGAAAGGCCUGGAACAUAAGAAGGAUCUCCAGCAACUCUUAUUUUCAGUGCCAUCGAAACAUUUGCGAUAUACUCCAGAACACCUCUGGAAGGAGCUGUCCUCACAGCAUGAAGGACUGGAGGAGUUAAUAAAGAAGGAAAUGCGUCCUUUCUCCCGGGGCAUUUUCAUCCUUUCUAGAAGCUGGGCUGUAGACCUGAACUUGAAAGAGAAGCAGGGAGUCAUCUGUGAUGCUCUGCUGAUAGCACAAGACAGCCCUCCUAUUCUUUACACCAUUCUCAGGGAGCAGGAUGCAGAGGGGCAUAACUAUUCCACCCGCACCGCCUUUACUUUAAAGCAGAAGCUAGUGAAUAUGGGUGGCUAUACUGGUAAAGUGUGUGUUAUGACCAAGAUCCUCUACCUGAAUCCUGAGAGCGCUCAAGAGUCCUUGGAGGGUCCAUGCUCUCCAAUAGAUUACCCUGAGUCCUACAGUCUUGCAGAUACCCAGCAAAUGGAAGCGUUGCUGCAGUCCCUCGUGAUUGUCUUGCUUGGCUUCAGAUCUUUUUUGAGUGACCAGCUCGGCUGUGAGGUUUUUAAUCUGCUCACAGCCCAACAGUACGAGAUACUUUCAAAAAACCUCCACAAGAGCAGAGAACUGUUUAUCCAUGGCUUACCUGGAUCAGGGAAGACCAUCAUGGCCAUGAAGAUCAUGGAGAAGAUCAGUAAUGUAUUUUGCUGUUAUGCAAAUAACAUUCUCUAUAUUAGUGAAAACCAACCUCUGAGGAAUUUUUUGAGUAAUAAAAAUAUCUGCCAGUCAGUGACCCGGAAAACCUUCAUGAAAAAUAAAUUUGAAAACAUUCAACACAUCAUCAUUGACGAAGCUCAGAAUUUUCGCAUUGAAGAUGGGGACUGGUAUGAGAAGGCAAAAAAAAUCACACAAAGAGAAAAGGAUCGCCCAGGAAUUCUCUGGAUCUUCCUGGACUACUUCCAAACCAGUCACCUGGUUUGCAGUGGCCUCCCUCCUCUCUCAGCCCAGUAUCCAAGAGAAGAGCUCACCAGAGGGAUACGCAAUGCAGAUCCAAUAGCCAACUACCUGCAUGCUAUAAUGCAGCAGAUCAAAAAGAAUCCUCCACUUAACAUUCCCCCUGAGUCGCUGGAGAUGCUUUGUGGAGCUGAAUGGGCUCAGGGUGUCCCGGGAACCCUAAUAAUUAAGGAAGACCUGAGUCUGAAGCAAAUAGUGACCUUUGUGGCAGAUACCUGCAAGUGUUUCUUUGAAAAGGGCUAUUCUCCUAAUGAUGUUGCUGUGCUUGUCAACACCACGAGAGAAGUGGAUCAUUACAAGCAUGAGCUCUUGAGAGCAAUGAGGAAGAAAAGGGUAGUGCAGUUCAGCGAUGCAUGUGACAUGUUGAGUGAUCACAUCGUAUUGGACAGUAUCCGGCGAUUCUCAGGCCUGGAGAGGAACAUCGUGUUUGGGAUCCUUCCAAGAGCAGCUGAGUUAGCCAUCUCAGACAAUAUUCUGGUCUGUUUGGCUUCCAGAGCAAAACAACGUCUAUAUAUUCUGUGGCAUGGUGACUACUAAGAAGAAUCCCAAACCAAGACGAGAUGAAGCAAUCACUAUAUAAAUAUCUGUGGGUGAAAGUCUGGUAUUGGCAGAAACUUUUCUUUGGGAUUUGGAACUCCCCCUCUCUGGCCUUCUCCUUUCAGGGACUCUCCCCUACCUCUUUCCAAGGCUUUGCUUGCCCCAAAUUGUCCCGAUUGUUUUAGUCAGAAAGAUGCUGGUUUUCUCCUACUUCAGUGAGUGGUGUCUGGGGUCUUAAAAGCUUGCAAGCGGCCAUCUAAGAUGCAUAAGUUAAUCCCAACCAUCUGGAGUAAAGGAGAAUGAAGAACACCAAAGACACAAGGAA